UUUUCUUCGUAAUUGCACUUCCUAGGUGGGUCCAGGAUAGGUCCUCUGAAAAUGAUAACACAAUGAUAUCUAAAAGUGCUGACCCUCUCCGUCUCUGAUCCCCCAACGAACACUUCCUCCUUCUCCAAAAGUCAAUUGUCAGGUCCUUGGUUUUGCUGCCGUUAAAGUAAGAGAUUGUAAUUGCGGCACCGCUCAGCCCGAUUUUCAAUCUCCCGCCUAUAUGCCGAUUCGUCACCAGCUUUGAUUCGGCCAACGCCAAUGGUGUCGCCAGCAAACUUAGAAAUGGCAUUGGAGCUGUGCUUAGCCACCUAGUCGUAAGUCUAAAGCGAGUAGAGCAGGGGGCUAAGCACACAGUCUUGGGGUGCGUCUGUGCUGAAGGAGAUACCUUGUUUGAUCCCAUCCAACCUGCUCAUUGCCUCACAUCCCAUUCCAAACAACACACCCAUUAACACUCACCAUCCCACAUAAUUGCCCCACCCCAUGCACCGCCUCACACGAAUCUCCUAUCCUGUCGAUCACGCCGCCCAUACCAUCGGCCUGACGCCGUUCCACCUCCACCGCACCUGCAAUGAGUUUACUAGCCUCAGCCACGGAAGUAAACAACCUGUAAAACUAUCUAGAACCAUCUAGAUCUCGUCUCUGUUCUACACGUGAAAUAUAACAUGAAAAGAUAAAGAAAUUGGGUUGAAGAUCUCAUUUGCCCAUUUGUUCAAAGUACACAAAGUACAUCACGUAAAACAGCAGCUGACCGACCACUGAUGUUUUGUGGAACAUCUUUCGUGCAUUUACAAGCAGAUACAUUGACGUCAACUCGACUCCUUAGAUGUGAUAUAAAGCUGGGAGAGAUCCCAUGGAACUGAAGUGCCAACCAACCCCCGCAGCCAGUGAUCCAUCCCCUGCAACUCUAGACGUUUUAUACCUACAGCGCCAGGACAGGCAGAUCUCCAGUCAGCAUGACAACAACACCACUGAUUUUCAUUGCAACCUGUUUGCUACUUGUCAGCCAUAUCUCCCCUGCUGUGUGUCGCGCUGCAGAUCUGAGUAUUUUCAACAGGCUGGCUUCCAAUGUCAGCAUAGCCAGUGGUGAAGAUAAUGAUCAAGUUCUUGCCUACAUUCUGAGGGAAAAGUUACUCCAACUUUUGGAGCAGAAUCCAAACUACUUGAAGAUUCACUCUCAGUCAUCCUUGGAUCAGAUUCUGAGUGAGAUCCUUGAAGCCAGUCACCUCCUGCAUGAACUUUUCCCAAACACGGAAACACCAGUGUCCACUCAAGAAGCAGAACUUGACAUGGUGCCAGCUUUUUCUGAACGCUCAAAGAGAUCUGCUGACCCAGUCAACUCCCUGGAUCUCACAUUUCACCUUUUGAAGGAAAUGAUUAAGAUGGGAAAGAAUAAGAAUCAAUUGAUACAGGCAGAGAAAAAUCGGAAAAUUAUGGAUGCCAUUGGCAAAUGAUGUAACUUGUAGCAGUGUAACUUAUCAAAUU